AGCGGGCGCAGCAGCGGGCGGCGCGGCCGGCUGCUCGGAGGCUGAGCCCCGCCGCGCGCCCCGGCCCGGCGCCCCAGCCCGUCCGCGCGGCGCCCACCUGCCGCCCCGACGGGAGCCUCGCGGACGCUGCCCGGGGCCGGGCGCCCGAGACACCAUGAGCCCCCGCUCGUGUCUGCGGUCGCUGCGACUCCUUGUCUUCGCCGUGUUCUCGGCCGCCGCGAGCAACUGGCUGUACCUGGCCAAGCUGUCAUCAGUGGGCAGCAUCUCCGAAGAGGAGACGUGCGAGAAGCUCAAAGGCCUGAUUCAGAGGCAGGUGCAGAUGUGCAAGCGGAACCUAGAGGUGAUGGACUCAGUGCGCCGGGGCGCCCAGCUGGCCAUCGAGGAGUGCCAAUACCAGUUCCGGAAUCGACGUUGGAACUGCUCCACAUUAGACUCCCUGCCUGUCUUCGGGAAGGUGGUGACACAAGGGACUCGGGAAGCGGCCUUUGUGUACGCCAUCUCUUCAGCAGGUGUGGCCUUUGCGGUGACAAGGGCAUGCAGCAGUGGAGAGCUGGAAAAGUGUGGCUGUGACCGGACAGUGCAUGGGGUCAGCCCACAGGGGUUCCAGUGGUCAGGAUGCUCGGACAACAUCGCCUAUGGCGUAGCCUUCUCACAGUCCUUUGUGGAUGUACGGGAGAGAAGCAAGGGGGCCUCCUCCAGCAGGGCGCUCAUGAACCUUCACAACAACGAGGCCGGCAGGAAGGCCAUCUUGACACACAUGCGGGUGGAAUGCAAGUGCCAUGGGGUGUCAGGCUCCUGCGAGGUGAAGACAUGCUGGCGAGCCGUACCGCCCUUCCGCCAGGUGGGCCACGCACUGAAGGAGAAGUUUGAUGGUGCCACUGAGGUAGAGCCACGUCGCGUGGGCUCCUCCCGGGCACUGGUACCACGGAAUGCACAGUUCAAGCCACACACAGAUGAGGACCUGGUGUACCUGGAACCCAGUCCAGACUUCUGCGAGCAGGACAUGCGCAGUGGUGUGCUGGGCACCCGGGGCCGCACAUGCAACAAGACAUCCAAGGCCAUCGACGGCUGUGAGCUGCUGUGCUGCGGCCGUGGCUUCCACACAGCACAGGUGGAGCUGGCGGAGCGCUGCGGCUGCAGGUUUCACUGGUGCUGCUUCGUCAAGUGCCGACAGUGCCAGCGACUCGUGGAGAUGCACACGUGCCGGUGACUGCGCCCACCUGUGCCCAGCAUCACCUGUGUGGCCCAGGGAAGGCCAAUAAUUUAAACAGUCUCCCACCGCCUACCCCAAGAGAUACUGGUUGUAUUUUUGGUUUUGGUUUGGUUUUUGGGUCCUCAAGUUAUUUAUUGCCAAGAAUAGGCAGGCAACCCCAAGGGCGCCAACCAGGGCCUCCCCAAGCCUGAGCCUUUGUGUGUGGCUGCCACUGACCAAAGGGACUUUUGUUUAUGCCUCUGGCUGUCCACAUUGACCACUGCUGACUACUCACUCAGCUGUUGUCGGUGUCUAUUUUUCUACAUGUAGACUAAAAAGUGGGUAACAGGGAGUGACUGUGGACCCACCUUCCAGGGAAACAGAUGGCCCUAUGGCAGGGACAGCAGCUUCUAUCUUGGUGGAGUUUCUAUCACCGGCAAUAAAGGAGCUUGUGCCUCUGCAUCCCCGAAUACACAGGGACGGCUGCCUGAUAAUGAACCUGGUAGCCCUGGCUCUUAAGGUCCCUAGAAAGGGAAGGGACAGGUACAGGUCAAAGGCUAAGUGCUCCUCUCAGCCCUCACAUGAACAGCGAGAUUGCAGGCAGGCACACAGAUGAAAGGGGGCAAGAAUGGCCACCUGAGGCCAGCCUGCCUCAGUCUCCUGCUGGGAAAGGGAAACUGCCCCUACUCCUAGACCCUCCUAGACAGGGUAAGGCCAUCACCCUGGAUCAGGUCCUAGCUUGGGCCUAGCAAGUCACAUACCCAUGAGUCACCCUCACGACACACAGAGAGACAAUUAGGGACUGUGCAGAGAUUCCCGCCCUACGAUAUCUCACUCACUUAACAAAAUGUAUUGAGCAAACACUAUGCCCCAGGCCCUGUCCUGGGCUAUCUCCCUUGGUGACCACGUACGUCCUGGGAACAAACAGAGGCACAUGCCCUCUUUACAGCAGGUAGUCAUGCCUGUCAGCGCCCCAAGACCUUGGCAGAGGCAGGGCCAGGCUCCUCCUUAGUCCCUGUAUCCAGUGGCAGAGAUACAUAGGCCUCUUUGGCCCUAAGCAAUGGGACAGGGGCUCCGGCUAGAAAUAAAGGUACAGGCAGGCAGUAGAAGCCAGAGACCACAGGUGGGGCUGGGGCCCACAUGGUUGCAGCGGGAUAAAGGCACCUCCAUCCCCAGGACCUCGGCCCUAAGGCCUUGAGUACAGUAAGGACAAAAGAUUCCCCAAGGAACAUCAUCGGUAGCUGGUGCCUGGCCCAUUGCACCAGCCAAACUGUCAAAUAUCUACCAAGUGUUCUGCACACAAGACACACAGAGACCCAACUCCUUCUCAGUGGGUGACCAAUCCUCAGAGGAAUUUCCCAGCAUGGUCUCCAAGUUGCUCCCAUGUUCAGGACUCCAGGUUUGAUGUCUGCAGCUCUGAGAUCCCCCUUGGGACUCUGAAAUCCCAAGCUCUUUGCUAUUGGGUGGUGUGAACACGAAACCCAGGAUUCCGAAUAUGGGCUCAGGCCUGCACAAACUCUCCUCUGGGUCUGUGGUUUGUGUCUCCUAGCGUUGGCUCCCUCACAAAGAGGGUCAACACCCUUGGCCCCCAUCCAAAGCUCUAUGCUCACUAUCCAUCUGAAGAGGCAGCCAAAACCAAGUGAGAUACUGGAUAACCUUGGGCAGGCUGCCUCUGAUGCGGAUGAAAGCUGAGCUGACCAAGGGUCCCCACAGCUGCCCAGCUCCUCUGGCAGACGUAGUUCAGCACCAGGGAAGAUAGGACCCUCUCGACAGAACCAGGCCCCCAGACAAAGGAAGCAGGGGAGCUGUCCCUCAGACAAUGCUGAGCCAGGAACUCCAUCCAGCGGUAGUGGGGUCCAGACUGCUUACUCAUUUGAUGGACACUGCCCCAAGAAGGGAGGUACCUAGUUCCCCUAAGAUGAUCCUCCCGGUGUUCUGCAGGCUGUGACCAGGUGAAUCAGACCACAGGCUCGAACCACUGCCAACACCAAAGGAAUCCACAGCCACAGAAAAAGAGCGUCGUUGGACCUGUCCAGCUCCAAUCUGUCUCAAAUGCAGAGCUGGCAGAGGGCUGAUAUAGCUUGCCACACUUGGAUCACAAAGGACCCAGGAAAUUGGCCAGGUCCGCAUCCUACCUGAACCACUCUCCACUGUUCUUGUCACAAGGCAAAAGUGGUAUUCCUCCAAGGCCAGGGCUGGAUAAACCCCAGCUCUGGAUGCUGCUACCCUACUCUGCUGCCCCACCCCAUCCUCCAGUUUUUAUAUGAGGCUCCUUGGCAUUGUGACAUCCCCAUGGCAUAGUCUGAGAUGCACGAUAAAAUGGUUAUUUCUUUA